UAAAAGCGCUUCAAAGAAGAUAAAGCAUUUUCGUGCCGCUGUCGCUUGAUUUGAUCCAUUUAUGACCUAAUUACCAUACAGGAAACUCAUAGUGAAGCCGCUAAUCCCAGUAAAAACUGUCAUUCCCUGCUGACCAAAAACAAGACAUUUUGGCGUGUACAAGGAUGAUUUGUUAAGACUACUGCCACUGGAAGAAAUAUUCUCUAUCACGCACAUACGUGCUUUUGGAUAAGCAAGUCAAGUGCAUUCCGAGUUUUGGUGCCGUAACACACGGUUUGAUGGCAGCAGUGGAUGUGGAAGAGAAUAUAAACGUGCCCGCAGAGGAGUCCAGAUGUGUGUUUGCCCGUUACGUCUGUGGCGACAUGAGGCCGCUGAGAGUGUGGCUGGCGGGGAAGCCUGUCCCGGUACGGUUCGUGGACUGGUACGUGAGGGGCGCCACACAGCCACUGUUCCUGAGUAACCCCCUGGGGGGCCUGCUGGUCAUCAGUGGACUGAUGGUGGAGAGUCCAUGGAUGGGACUGUGUGGACUAGUCGGACUGUUCUUCUCCACACUCACAGCAGUCAUCUUCCGCCAGGGUAAAGGUUGUGUAGAGAGUGGAGGUGGCGGGUUUAACGGCCUGCUGACCGGACUCCUGCUGGCCGCCCUGUCCCCGGACCCCGACUGGCACGGGCUGACCGUUGUUCCCGUCAUCGUCAUGGCAAUCAUGAGUACGUUUAUAAACAGUGGCCUGUCGGGAAUCCUGGGGAAAAUGGAGCUGCCUUCUCUCAACCUUGCCUUCAACGUGGCUGUUCUUGUCUACACCACAGCGGCGGGAACUCGAGACAGCUAUCCGCGGCUAUACCUGGUAGAUGAACAGCAGCUGCUACCUAACCAGACAGCUAACCUGACAACUGCAGAUCAGAUAGACUGGAUCAAGGUACUCCAAGCAGUGCCGAUAGGUAUUGGACAGUGCUAUGGGUGUGGUGAGGCGGUCGCUGGAGGUCUCAUAUCCGCUGGUAUCCUGGUGUCGUCACCCAUGGUGUUCUAUCAUUGCGUCAUGGGCGCUGUCAUCGGCAUUGGCACGGCUCUCAUUCUUGGCGUACCCCUACAUUGGGUCUACUCAGGCGCAUGCGCAUACAACUCGGUGUUGGGCACGGCGGCUGUCGGGGGUGUGUUCUACGUGCUGACGAUCCAGAGUCAUCUCCUCUCACUCUUCUGUGGUGUCUUCUGUGCACUACUCUGGGCGGGCAUGACAGACGUCUUUGCCAUGCUGAACCUGCCUGUUCUGGCCUUCCCUUUCUGUCUGGGAACACUGCUGUUCCUGGGCGCCACCUCAGAGAGCAGGGCGCUACAGAAGGUUCCGCUGUCACAUGUGACCUAUCCUGAGGAGCACAGACGUCGCUUCAACAGAAACGCGCUCGUGCCCGCCAACCCUGACUGAGAUACAACCUCUUAGCAAAUAUACCAAAAAGGUUUUGUCACUUGUUUCCAGGAAAAUGUUGACAGAAAAAAAUACUGUAUCUUUAUCCUGCCCUGUUUUGUUUGUCUACCUCCACCUGUCAAAAAUGUUACAGAUUGGAAAUGUGUCAUCUUCUCUCACUAUGUCGUCUCGGAGAUGAGAUUGUGUGUAAUAAUAGUAACCUCGUCUCGCCCAAUGAUGAUCAGUAUAGUAAACUGAAGAUGAGAUAUUUGUAAUCUUGUCCUUGAGGUGGCUGUUAUGUUAUAUUGAAUCAAUCAACUUACUCAGUAUUUCAAUACAAUAUAUGAUUGUACAUGAUGGAGUGCUGACCUAAUAAUGACUUUGAAAGUAUAAUGAACAAUUGCUUACAUAGCUGGCAUUCUGAUACAUCUGAUAUCAUUGUCAUAUUUGUUAUAUAAGUGCAUGUUACACACAAGCUACCUACAAUGGACACUAAAAUCCUGUAUACAUCACUAAUGAUGCCACAUUGUGACACUACACUAGUUACAAAGCUACCUGCAUGCGACACUUGUGACUCAAAUUCAAUACACAUCACAUCACUAAUGGUGAAAUUCUGUGACACCAAAGUAUACUACAUUCGUUUGUAUUUCCAAAGCUCAAGCUUAUGCAAAUCACUCAAAUAGACAGCAACAGCCAAUCAGGGGAUGACAGUGGUUCUUUUAUUGCUAAUUACACAAUUACAAGAUUCACUUUAAGGAAUGUGCUACAUCUUUUUCUUACCCUUCUGCCUAUUCAGAGCACAACUUCAGAUUAGACUUAUCACAAUACACUUGUGUACAUUUGUAAGAUGUUAGAUUCUUACACUGAAGAGCAGAGAAUGUGUACAUGAUUAGUU